CAGAUUUUCAGAUUGCGAUAUGAUUCCACCGUUAAUUGAGGCGUGUUUGGAGAACGAUAUCUACAAAGUUGAGAGCUGCUUURUUUUUGGACAUGUUAAUGUGAACAAACAGCGUGAUCAGCGAGGGAGAACUCCAAUGCACAUAGCAGCAUCUCGAGGAAAUGUAGAAAUGUUAAAGUUGCUUUGCCGUCAUGGAGGUGAUUUAACUGUUACGGAUAAUAUUGGGAAUACACUUCUACACUUGUGUAAUCAUGUGAAYGUGUUGAAUUUUCUUCACGAACAAGGAUUAUCGCCCUUUGAAAGAAACAAUAAUGGUGAUACUCCUUCAAUGCUUGCCGAACGCUUUGGUGCUAGUCAGGAAGUGAUUGAACUUCUCUACAAGAUGGAACAGGAUGAGAUGCAAGAUGAGCCGCCAAGAAGCUGCCCAGUGUUUGGUAGAWAUAGGACAACUCACARCUCCACUUCAGACAAAAACUAUUUGAGUUGGACUGAUGAUGUUCUAUCAGAGUUUGGWCCUUAUAAAGUGUUGGUGUUUUUGUUGGUUAUAGCUUGUUUGUCACUUUACCUGACUUACUAUAUUAUUGGUGAGAUGCCUUUUAGUUCAAAAACACUGAAUGAAGUACAGUAUCAUAGUUAGUAAAUGGUYGAAAAGACAAAGUUGUGACAGCUGUUACUAAAAGUAAAAGGUCAUUUCCCCAAGUUUAACUUGAACAGUGAUAGAAUGUGCCAUUCUUAGYCCAUUCUCCAACUGAAAAGAGGAGAAAUUCAUGGAUUAGCACACAUGGAUUAACUUAAAAACCUUUUUAGGGACAAGAAUGAGAUGUGGUCUACAAAUUUGUAAAACAAGACUGACACAUCAUUAGUUUUACUACAUCUUAGUCAUGAUUGAUUGUCCAUUGCAGUUAUAGACAUYGAUGUCUCAUAGUCAUAGAGUCAAUUUCGUAUGAGUUGGAAAUGUACGGUAGAAAUUACCGCACCGUUACCACACAGUUACCGGACCUGACCUGGACAAUUUUUUAUUUGGUUACAGUAUGAUUACAAUUACAGUACAGUACCGUCUGUUUCCCACUCGUACGAAAUUGACUCUAUCACAACUGGCAGUUGUCUCUCUCAAGUUGUUUUUGUCAAAUUUCCACCCCAAAGUAAUGCUCUUCUUAUAUGGGAGGGACAGGAAGCCUGAAAAGAAGCAGAGGCUUCUACUGCGACUACAGGGACACUUCCCCUGAUGACUAGAAAGUAGAGUGAUUGUUAGCACCAAAUUAUGAAUGCAACAGGCCCUAUAAAGCUCAAUCACAUACCUUGCACCAACUGAUUCAUGACAGAGGAUCAAUUUCAUACUCAGAACCCCAUUAACUUUCUGUCUGUGACAAAGAGCGUGGCACAGCUAGAGGUCAGAAGAAAGCAGGCUCUGGAGAAUGGGAUUGUGUCUGGAUGUUCAGUGGUUGGAAGUUAAAAUUUCAAUGAACAACCUCACAACUGCAAUAACUAUUUAUGUAAUAUAAAAACAAGUGGGUUAAAUUGUCAGACAGCUAAUUUUAUUUAAAUGUGGUCUUUAAAAUGCAUGUAAAGAAUCUUUAGCUGCCAAGGCUCGAAAUAAUGUCUGGACAUACGCAGGACAUAAUGUUGUUCCAAACACUUUUUUGGAAGGUCAUGAUGAAUUUUUAAAGAUAGGGCUGGUAAACACGUCCUUUCAAAUUCUGAUUUGACAGGAUAUUUAGCAAAUUUGGAAGGACAUUGUCCUUUGACCUCCCCUUAUUUCAAGCCCUGAGCUGGUAAUCAGCACAGCUCCAGAGUAGUGCAUGGUGUGAACAGGAUAGCUUCAAUCUGGAGUAAAAAACACUGAGGCACCUUUCAAUUAUCAUGGCUUUUUCAGAAAUGAGUAGAGGAGUGGGGACAAGUUUCAAAAUGAAAUUAAAUAAUGGACCCCAAAUUUGCUUCCACAUAUUGAAACUGUCAGUGACUGUUGUUUUCACUUUCAGUCUUUGUAGUCUACGUGCACACCAUUAUUUCAGUAAUAAAUAAUUCUUGCAGAAA